GCGGGCGCGCCGCGCACUGCAGCCCCAGCUCCCGCCGCGAGCCUGCGCGCGACCCGCCGGGGGCCCUGCGCACCGCGGCGGCAAGCCGGGGAGCCCCCUGCCCCCACUCCCACCUCCUACUCCCCGUUCCGGGCCUGGGAUUUACCUGCAGCUGCCGGCCACCACCAGGCUCCACCAUGGUGUGCGGGGGCUUCGCGUGUUCCAAGAACUGCCUGUGCGCCCUCAACCUGCUCUACACCUUGGUCAGCCUGCUGUUGAUUGGGAUUGCCGCCUGGGGCAUCGGCUUCGGACUCAUCUCUAGCCUUCGAGUGGUCGGCGUGGUCAUCGCCGUGGGCAUCUUCCUGUUCCUGAUUGCCUUGGUGGGACUCAUCGGCGCUGUGAAACACCACCAGGUGUUGCUGUUUUUUUAUAUGAUUAUUCUCUUACUUGUAUUUAUUGUUCAGUUUUCUGUGUCUUGUGCUUGCUUAGCCCUGAACCAGGAGCAGCAGGGCCAGCUCCUGGAGGUUGGCUGGAACAACACAGCAAGCGCUCGCAAUGACAUCCAGAGGAACUUAAACUGCUGUGGGUUCCGAAGUUUCAACCCCAACGACACCUGUCUGGCGAGCUGUGUGAAGAGUGGCCACCCGUGCUCGCCGUGUGCUCCCAUCAUUGGAAAAUACGCUGGAGAGGUGCUGAGGUUCGUGGGUGGCAUCGGGCUCUUCUUCAGCUUUACAGAGAUCCUGGGAGUCUGGCUGACCUACAGAUACCGGAACCAGAAAGACCCUCGUGCUAACCCCAGUGCAUUCCUGUGAUCAGAAAAUGAGGAAAACCUGCCACGUUCUGCCCUGGUCCACUUUCUCUAGUUUCAAGCUCAGCUCAUUUUCCCAUGUAAUGAAGGAAGCAGUGUCUUUGGAAUGACAGCACCCACAGUAGAAUUAUAUAUUUUUACUAUUAUGUUUCUCUCAAUGUUUGUUUUUUUCUUCUUCCAUGGCUGAAAAAAAAAAAAAAAGUGAGCCUUGUGGUCUCUUCGGAGCCCUGCAUGGUCUCUCUAAUCUGCUGUAUGCACAGUGUCUUGCACUGUCCACCGUGGCCUUUGUAGCAUUUUUACCUGUGGAAGAACUUGGUCCGGCGCCGUGAUGUGGAUCGUAUUGUGAAUCGGCAUGGGCAUCUUGCUGGAGCGAGCCUCUGUGGCCCUGUGCUGUGUAGGUAGUGACACCGGAGGGAGAGGUGAAGUUUACUCAGGCCACAAAGUCCAAGGUUCUCCCUUGUCGAGUUCAGUAAGGGAAGUCCAGGUUCCCGGAUUUUGUUUUUUUCCUUGUUCUUUCUAGGAACGAUGUGUCGUGGUGAAAAGUGUUAAUAUAAAGUGAUUGAUUUAGUUGUAGUUGCCUUUUAUGGUUAUGUCAGUGUAUCUUAGAAGUAGCUCUGUCUUUAGAACACUGAGGUUAGGUUUUGGUUUUUUGACUUUGCCAGGUAAGUGCAAAGGAAAAGUGGUCUCAUGAAAUGUUCUCAUGUGUGACGUACCUUCUGCCUUCAGAAAGGAAUGGGUUGCAGUAAUUCAGAAGGCGUAUCUAUGUCCUUACUCUCCUUUUAUAAUAAUUCGGGGUCUGAAAGACUGCAUUUUUAAAUGAGUUAUUAUGAACACGUCGGCCCAUGUAGCAAAAAGAUCUUUGAUUAUCUUAAAAACCGUUAAAUACUUUUUUCAUGGAAUUCCUGAGUAUCGUAACAGCAGCUUGUCAAAUCUAAGCAUAUCUGAAUGUGAUCUUCCAUAAUUUGAAACUGAAAUAGUGUCGUGGUUCUGUAUAUUAUGUUAAAAUAUUAAAGGAUGGAAACUUUCA